AUGAGUCAUCGUAGUUACUUGUUUGGUUAUUGUUGCGAUGCUAACCAACUUUCUGAAAAACAAUCUUCUCAUGAUCCAUCUUCUUCUAAUUUACCCCUUUUAAACAUUAGCUCUUCUUUGCGCAUUCGACACGAUAUUUGGUAUUCAAAUAAUUUAGAACAAGAACCACAACUUUACCGUACAGGAGUAAGAGAGGAAACAAUAUUGAAACAUGUCUUUCUCACCUCUUCAGUUAUCUUGUCCUACGACAAUUUUCACUUUGCAAUUUCACAACUAUUUGGGAAUUGGAAAUUAGAGUUUCAAGAUAUGCGUGACUCUCUAGUGGGAAAUAUAAUGAGUCAGGUGCGUAAUAUUGCUGAGUCUAACAAGGGUCAUCGCGGAGUGUUGGAGUUAUCUGUGGAUGUAAAAUUGAUAUCCCGUGAUGUUAUUGAGGAAAGGAUUUCGUUUCCGGGAGAAGAUUUAUCAUCAGAAUAUGGUAUGGUGCCAGCUAGUGAGUCAUCUAUGCAAUCGUUAUUAAAGAAGAUGGAGAUUGAUGAAGAAAAUACCAAAGGCGACGAAUGUAUGGUGUGUCUAGAAGAGCUUGUGAAGAAGGAAGGAGAUCAUGAUGAUAUAGUUAGCAUGCCUUGUUCUCAUAUGUUUCAUGGAGAGUGUAUCACCAAGUGGUUAGAGACGAGCCAUUAUUGCCCUAUUUGUCGCUUUGAGAUGCCCAUGGAGGAAGACAAUAAAUUUUAUUACUCUCUAGUCGAGUUGAUCUCCAUUAACAGAGGAAUGAAGUUAAUCAAUGGUGUUAGUUUUAUCAUGCUGUUUGAGGGUUUGUGUUGUGAAUUCUCUGUUUCUGUCAAUUUUGAUUUCCUGACUGAGGAAUUGUGUAGUGAAUUCUCUGUUUCUAUCAACUUUUUGAUUUCGUGUUUGGGGAUUAGCUUUUCUGGUUGUUUUCGUGUUGAAUUUCCUCACAAAUACUCGAACACCAUGGUUGAUACCCAAACUGAUCUUCAAACUGAUUCCGCUUCUAGUUCGACUACAGUUCGAUUGGACUUUGCUAGUCCUUUUUACCUACAUCCCUCAAAGAGUGCAGAUAUGGCCAGACCCAAAGUUACAAGAAGCAACAAGCCAACUCAAAGAAAGAAAAAAGGGAUAACAAUCAACGAUGAUGCAGCUGCAUCCAAAAGCAAUGUUGCGAAACCUUUCAGUGCGAGCAAAAGAGGCAAAGGCAAGGACAAAAUAGUUGAGCUAUCAGAUGCAAGUUCUGAUAGCAUGGGUUUUUACACCAAUGACCCAACAACAUAUGAUAGUGAGAGUAUGAGUUCAGAUGAAGACGAACUGAUAGAGGCAUAG